UGAUUGAGCGAGAAGUGAUCAACAUGAAAACGUUUGUGACGCUGUGCCUUCUGGCGGCGCUAGUGGCGGUGGUGACCUGCCGACCUGAACAGCAGGCAGCCGCCGAGCUCACGCCGGAUGCUGGCCAGCCUGUGGCCGAAGCUGGAGACCUGCAGGGCGCUGAAACUGGUAUUUUCGGCCAAGUUCUGGGGAGUCUGCUCGGCGGAGGUCUUGGUCGCGGACUGGGAGGAGGUGGUCUUGGCCGCGGACUAGGAGGAGGUCUCGGCCGCGGACUGGGAGGAGGUCUUGGCCGCGGACUGGGAGGUCUCGGUGGUCUCGGACGCGGAUUGGGCACUGGAGCACUCGUUGGACGUUAAUUUCCGUAUUUUUUUUGCUUUGUUUUGAACAUUUCGUUUAGUGCACUCACUGCCUUAUCCAUGCAGACGGCUAAUAGAGGGCUUUUUGAUGGACGUGAAACUUAGAAAUAUGUUGCCAGAGACGAGCUUGUUGUGGUUUCAGGAAAAUGUCGAAUUCUGUGAAUUUUUCGAACAAAAUAAAUUGCAGCGUAA